GCUCGAUUGUUUGCUGGAGAUGGAGCUGGUGGCGGAUGGCACCCUACGCACAAUCCUGGCCACAGCUUCCUGCUCGUUGUUGAUUCCAGACAGAACACCGGAAGCAAGCAGUGCGUCCUCUUCUGCUGCUUGAUGGCGCUUACUUGGCUUCUUGUGUUUAAGUAAAUCCUUCAGCUCCUCUGGUCGAUUCAACUCGGCGAUUUCAGCCUGCUCUCGCGCAGCUUGGCGAGCAGCUUCUCUCUGAGCCUUAGCUUGCGCUACACGCUGUGCUUGAUAGUAAGCUCUCAUCUGCUCUCGGCCGCUACGACGAAGCUGGCUCAAGCGACGAUCACGCGCAAUCUCUUUCCAGCGGUAGAAGUAUCUGACUGAUAAACUGUAGACGCGAAACUUUUGUGCUUCUGCGAGUGCUUGGUCUUCUUCCUCCUUUUGUCUCCUGGCUUCUUCAUCCUUGACGUAUUUUCGAUACACGCCUUGUAGUAUAUUAUCCAACAUAAAUGCUUGGAAUUCGUCCAUGAGUCCGCCAUCGCCAGUUACGAACCAUCUGGUAAAGUCACCCAAGAGGUCACGAGGUGGCGAUGGUGGUUCAGGAGAGGGGAUGGGCUCCUUUGCUAUUUGGGUAGUUGCUGGGGUUGUUGAGAGUUGGAAACCAUCACCGUUUGAUGCAGGAUGGGACAAAGAUGAAGUUCCAAUCGACGGGAACGAGAAUUGAGGUGUUGAUGUGGUCGGGGGUUGUGUGUCAAAAAUGCCCGUCGCUGGCUUGCUUUGUUCUCCAGUUAACGUAGGUGUUUUGUCCAGGUUGAAAGGUGUUGAAGGUAUCGUCGCUUGCGAUGUGGCACUGCUGUCGCUUGGUGUAGUUGGUUUUUGAGGUUGUGUUACGGUAGUAAAGGGACUUGAGGACAGUUGAGGCGUUGGUGGCAAUAUGUUGAUGCUAGGUUGCUUCGCGGGUUGUGCUGAGGAGAUGGUGGGAGCAUGGAGCUGUGGCUUGUCUGCUGUUAUCCCUUUGCUAGAAGUGUUCUCUGUUGAGGCAGCCGCCGGAGUGGCUGGUAGAGAGGAGAAGGUCGUUCCUGUUGCCGUAUCUUUCUCACUGGAGGCAGAAAACCGACUGAAUGGACUGCUCUGUGCCUGCUCACCCGAAGUGGUUGGUGGCUUGAAAGAAGAGGCAAACGGGUUCAGUACUGGCCUGUUUCCAGAUCCAGGCAGCUGCUCAGGGGUAAGUGCCGGCAGAUGAGAAACAUUGCCAACGGAGGAUGGCGUAAAUGCAGAUGUUGUGGGUGCGAAGGGGUUGACAGCAGGCCGCUUGGCUGUCGAAGCCAAGCCAGAUGCGAAUGGGGUUUUCUGAGGUGGUGUUUGUUGCGAACCAGAAGCACUAAUCAAGGCGGUUCCGUUGAUUGUAGUCCCUAAGCGAAUACAAACGUCAGAACCAGUGGUUUAGGCGUGUCUUUGCCAGA